GCACUGUCUAGUGACAGUGUCCACUCCUGCUGGAACUGUUGAUCCGAGUUGAGUAAACGUUAGCUUGUUGCUGAGUCUGUCAAUCGCUUCUUAUCUUGUUCAACGAGUCGUGCCAAAUAGUAGCACAUGCUACAAAUUGAUGCCCUGGUAAGUUAAAUGUCAGUGAGUCCAGAUGCAUGAGUCUGGGUCAGAGCAGACAACCUGCACCAGUCCAGCCAAUCAGACAGAGAAUGGGGACAGUGCUGAAAGGGACGAUUGGCUGAGCACUCAGACUCCAACUCCAGAGGGUUCCGGGGCUGACAGCCAGCAGCAAAACCAGGUUCCAGUCUCUGUGUCUAUGAUGACACCUCCGGUGGAGACUCUUCAGCAGACACUGCAGCAGGUCCUCAACCCACAGCAGAUCCAGGCCCUGCUCCAGCAGCAGAAAGCACUCAUGUUACACCAGCAACACAUACAGGAUCUCUGCCAGAAACAGCAGGACCAGUUCAACGCCCAGCUCCUACAGCAGAAGCAUGCUGAGAAGUCAGAGCAAGAGCAGCUAACAGCCCAGCACAUGGUCAUCCAGCAGCAGUUCUUGCAAGUCCAACAGCAGCACCUCCUCAGCCUCCAGAGACAGGGUCUCCUGUCUGUCCUGCCCUCCAUGAGCCCCUCUACAGCUCAGGGUUUAGUGAAAGGGUGUGAGUAUAGUACAAGCCUGCCCUCUGGUGGUGAGUAUCCAGCCACUUUUCAGAAGAACCUGCUCCACAGCCAGCAGUCCACCACUAAUGGGAAUCAUAAAUCACAGCCCCUAAAGAAGAAAGACAGUGGUCCUGUGGAUGAUCACUCACAAAACACUCACCCUCUCUAUGGACAUGGCAUGUGCAAAUGGUCUGGCUGUGAGGCGGUCUUUGGAGACUUUCAGGCUUUUCUCAAACAUCUGAACGGUGAACAUACACUGGAUGACAAGAGUACAGCACAGUGUCGAGUGCAGAUGCAGGUUGUUCAGCAGCUAGAACUGCAGUUGAAAAAAGACAGAGAGCGUCUGCAAGCCAUGAUGUCUCACCUCAAAUCCUCUGAGCAAAUGUCAAAACCAGCAACACCAACAGUGGAUCUUAUGCCCAACGUUGCCUUCUCCCAGGUGACAUUUCCCAAGGUGCUUCCUCCCAUGAGCUUGUCUCAAAGUGCCACUGCUCCUUCCACACCCCUGACACCUCCCCCGACCUCCUCUAUCAUCACUCCCAACACCCUGCUCACUGUGAGCCCUGGUAGGAGACGGUACUCAGACAAGUACAGCAAGAACAUGAACCAAGAUAUUGUUCAGAAUAAAGAGUUCUACAUCAGUACGGAAGUUAGACCACCAUUUACAUAUGCAGCCCUAAUAAGACAGGCAAUAUUUGAAUCACCCUAUAAGCAGCUGACACUAAAUGAAAUCUACAAUUGGUUCACACAAACGUUUGCAUAUUUCAGACGCAAUGCAGCAACAUGGAAGAAUGCAGUGAGACACAACCUCAGCCUCCACAAGUGUUUUGUGCGAGUGGAGAAUGUAAAAGGAGCUGUGUGGACAGUUGAUGAGAUGGAGUUCCAGAGGAGAAGGCCCCAGAAGCCUGCUGGUGAAGGAUCUUUCAGAAGAGAUAACACUGGCCAUGGUCACAGCUCAGCUUCCCUUACUCCUAAGGCUGAAUGGCUAGAUAGUAGUAUACCUCCAUUCAACCCAGCUUUCAUAGGCGCUCCCUCUCUGAGCUCUCUGCCCUAUAUGUUCCAGCAGGAAGAGAUGAAUGCAACUCUCUGGUAUGGGAAUGGAUCCUACAGUGACAGCAGUGAAGAGCAGUACCCUAUGCACCCCCUCGUAAAAGAAGAGCUAAUGGACGAGGAGGCAUAUGAGAAUGUGCCCCAUGACUGUUCUGAGACUGAGAGCUCUGAUGAGCACAGCUCAGAUGUGGACCAAGACGAAGAUGGCGGUAGCCCAGAAAGACCCAACCUGCAGCUGGCUCAUGUGCCUUCGCAAUGAAAAAGCAUUCCAAACUGUCAAUCUCCACUGCACUCCCACAUUGGAAAACUAUGAAAUAUACCAAAUGACUUGGUAUGACUAUUUCAUAUCAAGUGACUAUUUAUUGAGGAUGUUUUAUGCUCUGUUGUACUGGCAUCGUUUGUACUGGGUAUUAUCCACCCAAGCUCACACUGAAGACAACAGAACCUAUUAUUGUAACACCGCUUGUCCUCAAAUAAUGUAUUCGUAUUGGCUUAUUGUGAGGCAGUACAACCAAUGAUGAAGUCCUAUGGAGAGCUGGUUCAGUGAUGCAGAGUUAUGUUCUUUCUUCAAUGUCUUUUGUUUCACUCUUUCAUGAAUGUGUAUAUUUAAUAACCAGAGCAUUGGCAAUAUUUAUGGACAGUACUUCAUGAAGAUGAAUGUUUGUUUUCUCCCACAAACGUGUUUAUUUUUUACCUAUGUGAGUACCAGACAACCUGCAGAUAGUAAUCCUGUGUUCCGUUUGUGACAUGACAUCAUUGAUAAUUGGUUACUUUUACACUGCCAAAAAUAUGAUUUACACCACCGUUCAGAAGUUUGGGGUGACUUAGAAAUGUCCUUGUUUUUGAACGAAAAGCACUUUUUUUCGUCCAUUUGAAAUAACAUCAAAUUGAUCAGAAAUACAGUGUAGACCUUGUUAAUGUUGUAAAUG